AACUUGGGCGCGACGGGCGUUUCCAUGUUGGGACGAGCCGGCAUUAAAAGCCACUUUCAAUAUCUCCAUAAAACAUCGUCGAAACUACACAGCUGUGUCAAAUAUGCCGAUACGGGAUCAAUCAAACAACGAAGAUGAUAUAUGGACACACUUUGACACCACUCCCGUCAUGUCCACCUAUCUCGUAGCAUUUGUAGUGUCUGAUUAUGUUCGUGUUCCUAACGCAGAUGAAACGCUCAACAUGUGGUGCAGAGCAGCACUGGCUCCGUAUUCAAAAUUUGCACAGGAGGUCGCUCAAAAGGCUAGAGAAAUAUUGAUAGAAUAUACUAACAGCACCUAUCAAGUCCCGAAAGUGGAUCAUUUAGCAGUUCCGGAGCUGACAGCUGGCGCCAUGGAAAAUUGGGGACUCAUUAUUUAUCGUGAAAAGGACUUUGCAUACAAUGAAGAGAAAGAUUCGCUGAGUUAUAAACAAAAUGUAGCAGUGACAGCAGCACAUGAAAUGGCGCAUCAAUGGUUUGGAAAUUUAGUUAGCCCGUUAUGGUGGUCUCACGUAUGGCUAAACGAAGGAUUUGCAUCAUUUUUCGAAGAAUAUAUUCUCAAUGAGAUUUUCAAAGAAUGGCGAACAAUGGACUUCUUUGUUAUCAAAACUCAACAUACAGCUCUUCAUAUUGACAUUGCUAAGUAUAUGAAGCCUAUUACAUUCGAAGCUAACACUCCUAACGAAAUUCAAUCACUUUUCUCUGGUGCCAGUUAUGGUAAAGCACCUGCUAUACUGCGCAUGUUACAGCAUACUAUUACCCCUGAGGUAUUUCGGAACGGUUUAAUUCAAUAUUUACACAAACAUCAGUUUAGUUCGGCUACUUCCGACGACUUGUGGAACGCCCUGCAAGCAGCCCUUGAUGAAUCAAAUGUUCCACAUAAUGCUUACAAAUUGAAAGAAGUAAUGGACACCUGGUUAAAACAAAGACAUUAUCCUCUGGUACGCGUGACCCGAAAUUAUGACACCGGCGAAACAAUACUAACGCAAGAACAUUUUCGUCCAAAAAACGAAAAUAUCGACAGCGAUAAAUGGUGGAUACCUUUAGGUUUUGCUACGCAAACGAAUCCCGACUUUUCCAAUACUCUGCCCACACAUUGGCUGAGACCACAAGAUAAAAAUAUAAGUAUUGAUGGCAUCGACCCAGAUGAUUGGGUUAUAGUCAAUGUACAACAAAUGGGAUACUAUCGCGUUAAUUACGACGAUACGAACUGGCGAAAAAUUGCGAGUUAUCUCAAUUCUGACAAUUAUACAAAAAUACACGUGCUUAAUCGAGCUCAAAUCAUUGAUGAUGCCUUUCAUCAUAUGAUAACACAGCAUCUCGAUAUUGAGAUGUUUAUGGAUCUCGCAAAUUACCUGUCUCGGGAAACAGAUAUUGUAGGGUUAUAUCCUAUGUUCAAUGUAUUAGAACUCACACGGGAAUUUCAUCAAUAUCCAGAACUGGAUUACUUCAAACAAUAUGUACUGCACAUUUUGGAUGAACUUAUUAAAAACGUAGGAUAUGAAGAAGAUCCUAUCGAGGAUGAUCUUACAAAACUUAAGAGAUCCAACAUUCUAGAAUGGGCAUGUAAUUUUGGACAUUCGGAAUGCAAAAGAAUGGCCACUGUUAAAUUAAACAAAUUUCUUGCAGAUACUGGAACACACAAAGUACCCUCAGACUUAACAGAAUGGAUGUAUUGUAGUGGUAUAAAGGGAGCCAACGUGUCUACUUGGAAUAAAUUAAUGGAUGAAAAUCGAUAAGUCGGAAAAACUACUAAUGUUUAUUAUCCACAGCGUUCAUUCUCGUGAACGAUUGG